AUGAGUCAACAACUCGAGAUGACUGACUAUGUGGCAACCAGAUGGUAUCGGGCGCCGGAAUUACUAGUCGGGGAUCGACAAUAUGGAACUGCUGUAGAUGUCUGGGCGAUCGGAUGUGUCUUUUGUGAAUUAUAUUCGGGUAUACCAAUAUGGCCGGGCAAAUCGGAUGUGGACCAAUUGUAUUUAAUUCGAAGAACUCUCGGCAAUCUGAUUGAUAAACAUGUUACUAUACUGAAAAGUAAUCCGCAUUACAAAAACAUCCACAUUCCCGAACCUGACACCAUUGAGCCGCUAGAACAAAAAUUUCCUUAUGUUUCAGAACGAAGUCUUGACUUCAUGAAAAGUUGUUUAGUUAUGGACCCGGAAAAACGUUUUACAUGUGCUCAACUUUUACAGCAUCAGUAUUUUGACGGAUUUAAUAAUGAAUUUGAGCGCGAGAGAAAAGAACAUGCGAAACAAUUGCAACGCGAACAGCAAAAAUUGUUACAACAGCAACAGCAAGCCAAACUUCAAUCAAGUGUCUAUGCUUCUGGCGCCGUGCAACCCAAACAACCAAACCCGGGAAAAAGCCUUCCAAGUCUAACCGGUAUCACGGGUACACAAUUCUCAAAUGUUCAUUCGACAUCGAAUCAAGGUGAUUAUUUAAGACCAAGUCGUUUAGAAAUCUACCUUGAUCCUGAUCAACGCGUUAAUGUUCCAAAACCGAGAUUCGGAAAUAAUCAACAUCAGAACAUGUCAACAAAUGAUCAAGAUCCAUCGACAAAGCCUUCACAAACCAAACGCUUGCCCUACGGAGACAAUUACACCCACUUUCCAAAUAUUUAA